AUGAGAUCAAAUGCAUUUGAUCCCGUUAUGAGCGUUGUGCAUACAAUGUCUGAAGAAAGAGCAAUAGAAGAAUUAAUAGACGCAAUAUCUAAUUUAUACGCUUCUCCCCAAUUAACAUCGUAUUAUCUUGACCAUUUUAAACAAAAAGCAAAAAAUAAUGUGCUCAAUCAAGGAGCACCGGAAACCGUUAAACAUGUGGAGAGAGCAUGUAAAGAAUUAGGAAUCCGUGAUGUCACGCGUUUUUAUCAAGUGGAAUCAGACUAUUAUGAAUGGGAACUUCAGAGACGCGCAUUUCGACUCCUUGCGCCAUCAAAAAAACAUUUGUGCAAGAGUGUCAUCUUCGAGAAUACUCAUUCUACCCAUGAUAGCAUUGAUGAUCCGAACAAUUCAAGAUAUUACUGCGUGAUAAUUCAGUACAUCGCUUCUAUCAACACCCAAAAAUUGAUGAAUUUCGUUCGUGCUCUUUCGGACAAGAAAAUUAGCAAAAAGCAUUAUAACUUUCGUUUGGCCCCUUCUGAGAAAUCACUUGAAUUAACUGGCUUUGAAAAUGGCGGCGUGUCUCCGAUUGGAAUGAAAUAUCCAAUUCCAAUCAUUCUCUCAAAAAAUAUACUUUCCCUCCAACCACCAGUUUUUUAUCUGGGUGCUGGUCAUGUGGAUUGGAAAUUAGCAUUAUCGGUGGCGGAUUUUGUUGAAAAAACACAUUGUUAUUUAGCUGAUUUAUCAUAA